AUGUGCGUUCGACUUGUCGAUGUAUCUGGUAUUCUUGCGAUUCACAUACCGACACGCAGCUUGCUGCGGUCUUCAUCGACCCACGAGCCGAGUGAUCCACCGUUAAGAGUUGUGAUUUUUUGUCAUUACGUCAGCUCUAUUACCGACUUUCAAGACUUCCUC